GGGAAGGAUAGGUGGAUAUAAAAUUCGCCCGAAAUGCAAAAUUAAGUACGUUAGCCGCAAGAUUCUGUUGUGUCGGUGUUGUAGAUGAGCUGCUUAGUUGUCUUGCACCCCUUGAUGUGAGAUUUCUUGACUGCUCUUGCUGUGAGCUCGUCAUUUGCGCUUGCCGGCUGGUGGAGACCGUCCAGUAGAGAGUUGCCUGGGCAGCGGACCGGGAUAUCAGUACGGUAGAGAAAGACAGAGCCUCCCUUCAGAGGAAACUCGCCGAAAUUUUGGAGUAACUGUUUAUACAUAUACACUUUCAGCAUGUUUAGCAACUUCGGCAAUUUCGGUGGUGGGGGUUUCAACUUCAAUCAAGAUUCGGGUGAUAUUGAUAUCGGUGGAUUUAGGUUCAAUAUCGGCGGAGGAGAUGGCGGGUUUGGGUUCCCCAGCUUUGGAGGCGGUGGCGGCGGUGGGGGGAGCGGUGGAAGCAGCUACCGUAAGUCUGCCUUCUACACUCCACCCAGAAACAUCGGCAGACCGUCCAGGAAAAGCCAGAAGAACCCAUUUUCCGGUCUUGAAACGCAGAGUUAUGAUCAGCUGAAAGAGAAGUGCCAGUCGGAAGGAAUCCUGUUUGAAGAUCCCGAGUUCGAAGCCGAGGAUGCCUCGAUCUUUUUCAGCAAGCGCCCUCCAAGGCCGUUUGAGUGGAAGAGACCCCAUGAAAUUUGUGACAACCCCAGUUUCUUAGUGGGCGGUGCCAGCAGAUUUGAUGUGAAACAAGGAGAAUUGGGUGACUGUUGGCUUCUGGCAGCCAUAGCUUCUCUGACAUGCAGCGAAAAACUGCUGCACAAGGUUAUCAUGCCUGAACAGAACUUUGAGGAUAACUACUGUGGAAUCUUCCGGUUCAGGAUAUGGCACCAGGGGGAGUGGAUCGAUGUGGUGGUGGACGACCGUCUGCCUACAUACAACGGCCAGCUCGUCUUCAUGCACUCCGCAGAGGUCAACGAGUUCUGGAGUGCUCUCCUGGAGAAGGCUUACGCUAAACUGAAUGGGUCUUAUGAGGCUCUGAAGGGGGGCAGCACCAGUGAGGCCAUGGAGGACUUCACCGGAGGUGUCACUGAAAUGUUUGACCUUCGAGAAGCACCAUCUAAUAUGUUCCAAAUCAUGAUGAAGGCGUUUGAACGCUCGGCUCUGAUGGGAUGCUCUAUUGAUGCUGACCCUGGUCAGUUAGAGGCUGAGCUGGACAACGGACUGGUGAUGGGACAUGCAUACAGUGUGACCGCUGUCAGAUUUGUGGAUGUGCAGACCCCACGGAUCUCUGGGAAGAUACCUCUGAUACGAGUGCGUAACCCUUGGGGGAACAAAGUGGAGUGGCAGGGUGCCUGGAGUGACAGUUCACGAGAAUGGGGGUUAAUUUCAGACGACGAGAAAGUAGAGCUGGGAUUGGUAAAUGACAAUGAUGGAGAAUUCUGGAUGUCCUACCAGGAUUUCUCCAGCAACUUUCAGAAGCUGGAGAUUUGUAACCUUGGUCCAGAUGAACACACAGCUGAGGAUGAUGAAGGAGAAGAGCGCAAGCGCUGGGCCGUGACAUCUGAGAAUGGCACAUGGACGCCACGCGUUAGUGCUGGGGGAUGCAGGAACUACCUGGAUACAUUCUGGACGAACCCUCAGUACCGUGUGAGCCUGACUGACCCAGAUGAAGAUGAUGAGGAUGAUCUGUGUACAAUGAUCGUGGGAUUGCUGCAGAAAGACCGCAGGAAAAAGAGGAAGGAGGGUUUAGAUAUGUUGACCAUCGGCUACUGUAUUUAUAAGCUUGAUGAAGAACAACCUGGGAAUCUGGACCUGAGUUUCUUCAAGUACAAUGCAUCUGUGGCCAAAUCGCCUUCGUUCAUCAACCUGCGCGAAGUGUGUGGUCGCCACAAACUCCCACCAGGGCACUACUGCAUUGUUCCAUCAACGUUUGAACCUCACCAGAAUGGGGACUUCCUGUUAAGAAUAUUCAGUGAACACAAAAAUACUUCCACUCAACUGGAUGAACAAACAGGUUAUCAGCCACAGAUCAGAGGAGGCCGUGCCCCAGUGCCCCCACCCAGGCACAACUAUAGACCAUUUGACACCUCAUUUUUUCCAAUGGCGUUUGGUGUACAGCAAGCUCCUCCCACUUAUCGUGGCAGAUGGCCUGAGCCUGAGCCUACAAGUGAGGAGGAGGAACAAGAAGCUAGUCUGAGACAGUAUUUCCGUCAGCUAGCCGGAGAGGACAUGGAGAUUGAUGCCUUUGAGCUGCAGGAAGUCCUCAAUAGUGUCUUCCAAAGAGAGUUCUCGUUCCCAGGCUUUACCAUUGACACAUGCAGAAGUAUGGUGGCCAUGCAUGAUGGUGAUAUGUCCGGGAAGUUGGGUUACGAGGAAUUCAAAGCUCUGUGGACAGACCUUAGAAGGUGGAAGACGGUUUUCAAAGAGUUUGAUAGAGAUGGAAGCGGAAACUUGAACUCCUAUGAACUGAGAUCUGCUUUCCGCCAUGUUGGGUUUUCGCUGAGUAACAACACACUGAAGGCUUUGGUUAUGAGAUACUCCAAGAGAGACGGUAACAUUGACUUUGGGGAUUUCGUUGCCUGUGCUGUUAGACUGAAGACCAUGAUCGAAACCUUCAAGACAUUAGAGGUUCAGGGGAGCGGGAGAGCAUUCUUCAACAUGGAUGAUUUCAUCCAGACAACCAUGUACUCGUAAGAGGGCAACCAUGCUGGAGGGCAUGGGCAGCCAUGCUGGAGGGCAAGGGUAGCCACACUGGAGUGUGUUCAGGUCAUCUAGGGCAAUAUGACAAUGUACUGUUGAAGGACAGAACAAAUACCAGCCUUCUACAAUUUUUGUGAUCUGAGACAAAUUUUUACAUCCUAUCACAAUGUUUUAGAGUUUUAUUUAUGUUUCACAUUGUUUAGAUGGUGAUGCUUGCAUAAUGUGUUAGUGAGUAGUUUGUAUUCGUGAAAUAAUGGUAUAGUGAUGUGUUCUAAACUUGAUCUGCAGCACACUAUUUUUGUUUUUAGCUCAUUAUGUGGAAUAAAAUAGUGCAAAAAAUAUAUAGGCUACAUGAAAAGCACAAAAAAUAAUAAAACAAAAUGAAUGAAAUGUUAUAAGUACUAAUGUUCAUUGCUCUUGCUACAUUCUGUGUUUGUGCAACAUUUAGCAAAAUAUGUGGACAUUGUAUGUAAUAUAUGAUUUAGUCUUAAAUUCUUCCUCCCAUUAUUAGCAGGCCUGAAGCAGUUGUUGGGUGUACAGUUGGUGUCAGGGGUGGGGCUGUCUGGGGUAAGUCAACUCUCAGGGGACAUAGGUCAGAAGGCAUUAGACUGGCAGCAAUAUUUAGCUUCUGUGGUGUUAUGUUCAAGGGGCCGUGAAUCCAG